AUGGUGGUGCUAAAGGUGGAGGGCGUGGCAAAGGACGCGGGCUCCCAGGUGGUUCUGGACUGUUCGCUGGUGCUGCACACGGAGGAGGGCAUCCUGGAGGCUCCAGCCGCCAGGGCACCCCCGCUUCCAGUCGGAGCGCAGAGCCAGCUCAACGCGACCGAGGCCAAGCAGCUGGCUGAGCUCGCGCGCAAAGGAGGCGACAUGACCACGGCAUCCAAGUACGAGGCUGAGUUCAAGAAACUUCAUGCUCAAGAGUUGCCCAAGCCUCCCACACCACUCCACCAGCGCGUGCAGCAGCAGUUCGCGGCGGUGGCUCGUUUGGAGAAGACCUUGGACAGAGAAGUGGACAAGCUCUUGCUAUGGAGGGAUGACGUUGCCAAGCUUGAAGACACGGUGCGCAACAUGCGUGAGGAGCUGGCCACGGCCGACCAGCAGUACAAGUCGUUGGUUGCGGACCUGCAGCAGCAGGACCUGUGCGCCGACACGUUCGACCUGGGCGCUUUCCUCACAGUGGACGAGGCCAGCUUCUUCGAGGGCGAUGCCGAGCUCCAGGAGAAGGACCGCGAAAAGAUCGCCAAGCGGAAGGAGGACCUCAACGCGGGCGUGUCCAAGCUCGCCAAAGACCUGCUGGGCCCCCUGGUGGCUGCCGCCAAAGCUGCUCGAGAUGCCCAUCGGGAACACCUGGCUCGCGUUGCUAGCAAGCGGCGCCGUGCCGACCUGGAGGCAGCUGCUGGCCACUCCAGCUGGUGGUGGAGCCCCAGCAGCUGA